AUUGUUAACAAACACUCCUAAAGGUUUCCUUCACAGACUGACACAAUGUUCCUCUUCUCAUCAAGGAUCAGAGCCAUUUUCAUUAUUGCUUUGGCCAUGCCUCUUUGUUCUGAAAGUUUCUUGACAAAACCAGCAAUUUUCAGGUAUCUGAUGGCAUGUAGUCUAUAUAGCCGUUCUCUAGAAAUGUGCACCAAAGAUUAUUUCCCAGUCUGUGCAACCAAUGGCCGCACCUAUUCCAACAAAUGUACUUUCUGCCUCGCUCUGAAAGAAAAUGGUGGCAAACUUAAUUUGGUUCAUUAUGGUGAAUGCUGACCUUUGAUGGAGUUAUAUAUUCCUAGGGAUUUAUUGUGAUCAUAUUUUGCCAUGAUUAGAGUUUCCACAAUCAGGAUCUUAUAUUGCUACAAAAUCCAGGUGAAUCCUCAUAUUGAACACAAGAUGAAAUAUUGGACACUCAAGAUUCUUUCCAAUUCUAAGAUCUUGGAGUUUCAGGGGUUUUAUUCUCUAUGUUCAAUUACUCAAUGACAGUUUGAAAGAGUAAUACCUUAAAUGUAUGUGUGCUAAGAUUAAGCCUAAUGGAAUUAAAAUCCUAAAUAUUUUGCUCAAUAAAAUGUUACAUGACAUUAUCUUUA